CAUGUCCACGAACGCCCUCCUCCUUGAAAACACAUGACCGGGGCAUCCGCCAGAGAGCUGAACACAAACCCUGGACUUAUCCCCCUUAGCUUUUGAAUUAGAGCUUCUUUCUCCAGUAUUGGGAGGCAUUAGUGUCCAUAAUUAUGAAGCUACAGUGUGUCGCAGCCGUGCUGUGUUUCGUUUCCGGGGUGGUCAUGGCUGGGAAAUACUCCCGGGAAAAGAACGAGCAGAAGCCGGCGGGGGGUGAAGGCAAAGGGGUCGAGUUCAGGAUCUCCAAGCUGAACCAGGUCUGGGACAAGGCCAUCAGGAUGCAGCUGGCCCCGGUUCGUCUGUCGGAGCUCCACAGCGACCUGAAGAUCCAGGAGAAGGACGAGCUGCACUGGAAGAAGCUGAAGGUGGAAGGGCUGGACGAGAGCGGGGAGAAGGAGGCCAAGCUCAGACAGAACUUCAACGUCAUCCUGGCCAAGUACGAGAUGGACGGAAAGAGGGACAGCCGGUCGCUGGAGAGCAACUCCCUCAAGGACCACGACACCAAGGAGGGCGACAUGUUUGAUGACCCCAGGCUUGACAAACUCUGGAACAAGGCCAAGAGCUCUGGGAAGUUUUUGGAGGAGGAGCUGCUGAUUCUUCGGAGAGAGUUCCAGCAUCACAAGGACAAGAUCCACGAGUACAACAUCGUCAUGGACACCGUGAGCCGCACCGAGGAGAUCCACAAGAACGUCAUCUCCCCCCUGGAGGCCGACGUGAAGGAGCAUGCAGUGCUGCAGAAACACACGGAGCUGAAGGAGAAGAUGAGGGACCUUAACCAGGGCUUUGAGCGCCUCCGCAAGCUCAGCCACGAGGGCUUCAGCGAGGAGAGUGAGUUCAGGGAGCCGCGGGUGAUCGAGCUGUGGGAGUCGGCCAAGAGGUCCAACCUGACCCAGGACGAGCUGGACUCUCUCAAGGAGGAGCUGCGGCACUUUGAGACCAAGGUGGAGAAGCACAGCCACUACCAGGAGCAGCUGGAGCUGUCCCACCAGAAGCUGCUGCACGUGGAGGCGCUGGGCGACUCGGAGCACAUCCAGAAGAACAAGGACAAGUACAACACGCUGUCGGAGAAGACCAGGGAGAUGGGCUACAAGAUGAAGAAACACAUGCAGGACCUGAACAACAAGAUCUCCCGUCGAGGCCUGGACCACAACGAGCUGUGAGACCAGGAGAUAUGUUCCUGUCUCCUUCUCCUCCCUCGCCUCUUCCACCUGUCUCCCUCUCACCCCGUCUCCUCCUCCUCCUCAAACUGUUGCCCUUGACGAUGUGUCCUCCUCCCAGUCCCUACCCCCUUCCACCCGUGUGUAUUAAUCAGCGUUCCUUUCUACCUGCGUCUUUUCUAAGUGAUUUUUGUACAGUAAGUGAUUGCGAUGACAAAAGGAUCCUCAUUGAUUUAUGUAUGAGGCCGUCCGGAAGAUGUGAUGUACAUAUUGAUGCAUUCUAUACUCUAAUCUGAUCUCGGUCCAAUCUGUUGGAGCUGCAGGGUGAGGUUUAGUGAUUUCUGUGGCUUUUCAUAAGGAAUAUACAAACAUUAAUCACUCAUCUCUCACAAGGUCUUUGAAUGAUCUGAUUCAUUCACUGUUGAAAAGAAUCCCUGCUGAACUUCAUAAUUAUACAGGUUAAUAUAACACAUAAUUUACUAAUCAUUGUCUACCAAGGUACUUGGAAACAAUCUUUUAAUAUUCAUGAUACAAGUGACAUCAGCAUACAAAGUUCAACAACAAAUAAUUAAAAAUAUGAAUGAGUAUUGUUUCAAAAGUGAUAAAUAAAGGUUUGUUUAUAUA